GGCCUGCGCUGCCGGAGGAGCGGGGCGGGCCGGGGCGGGAUCGGCGCGGGCGGCGGGGGCGGCGGGCCGCGCUCCGGCCGGUCUGCGGCUCAGCCUCGGCGGCGGCGCUGGCGGCGUUGGCGGCGAAGAUGCUGCAGUCCCUGGCCGGCAGCUCGUGCGUGCGCCUGGUGGAGCGGCACCGCUCGGCCUGGUGCUUCGGCUUCCUGGUGCUCGGCUACCUGCUCUACCUGGUCUUCGGCGCCGUGGUCUUCUCCUCGGUGGAGCUGCCCUACGAGGACCUGCUACGCCAGGAGCUGCGCAAGCUGAAGCGGCGCUUCCUGGAGGAGCACGAGUGUCUGUCGGAGCAGCAGCUGGAGCAGUUCCUGGGCCGGGUGCUGGAGGCCAGCAACUACGGCGUGUCGGUGCUCAGCAACGCCUCGGGCAACUGGAACUGGGACUUCACCUCCGCGCUCUUCUUCGCCAGCACCGUGCUCUCCACCACAGGUUAUGGCCACACCGUGCCCCUGUCGGAUGGGGGUAAGGCCUUCUGCAUCAUCUACUCGGUCAUCGGCAUUCCCUUCACCCUCCUGUUCCUGACGGCCGUGGUCCAGCGUGUCACUGUGCACGUCACCCGCAGGCCUGUCCUGUACUUCCACGUCCGCUGGGGCUUCUCCAAGCAGGUGGUGGCCAUCGUCCACGCCGUGACUCUCGGGUUUGUCACAGUGUCCUGUUUCUUCUUCAUCCCGGCUGCCGUCUUCUCCGUCCUGGAGGACGACUGGAACUUCCUCGAAUCCUUUUAUUUUUGUUUUAUUUCCCUGAGCACCAUUGGUCUGGGAGAUUAUGUUCCUGGGGAAGGCUACAAUCAGAAAUUCAGAGAGCUCUACAAGAUUGGGAUCACAUGCUACCUGAUCCUUGGCCUGAUUGCCAUGCUGGUCGUUCUGGAAACCUUCUGCGAGCUUCACGAACUGAAAAAGUUCCGAAAGAUGUUCUACGUGAAGAAGGACAAGGAUGAAGACCAAGUGCACAUCAUUGAGCAUGACCAGCUGUCCUUCUCCUCCAUCAUAGACCAGGCCGCCGGCAUGAAAGACGAUCAGAAGCAGAACGAGCCCUUUGUGGCCACUCAGCUGUCCCCCUACCCCGAUGGCUCCGCACACCAUUAACAGCUCAGCUGCGGCAGGAGCAGGUGUGAGGGAGAGGAGGUCUCAUUGUGCUCAUUUUUAUCAGAGUCUAAGAGCUAAGAUGACGCCAUUUUAAGAAAUACCUACCCUUUUGCAAUAUUUUAAUAAACAAAACAAAAAACAAGCAAAAAAAAAUAGAACAAAGAAAGCCUUGACCUUAGAGGGCUGUCCAAUAAGUAAAGAAAGGGGAUGUAUGCCUGUGGCACACAUGUGACAACUUGUCUAGACGUCACAUAGGAAGAGAAUACCUGGAGCGGUGUGCGCUGGGGGGAAGCAGAUUUUAUACUUUUAAUCGGUAACUCUGGGAUUUGUGUUUCAAUCAUUUAGCCGAGGGUUAACUAGCAACAUUUAUAUUUAAAAGCAAAAAAAAAAAAAAGCAUAGAAAUGUGUUUUAUAAAUAGGUUUAUGUGUACCGGUUUGCAUGUUCCCAUCCAAAAAUGAUUAUUUUUGUAGAAUCUAAGUUAAACCUACUAUUUAUAAUGCAUAGGUAACCAUCACUAUGUACAUAUAAAUAUGUUUAUAUCCUGUACAUAUGGUUUAGGUGACCAGAUUCCCAGUGUACUUCUUAAACCAAGAUUGUAGAUAUGUUUUCUUUUGAUUUCUCUUUAUAUAUUAAAGAAUUCAGAGUUGCUGUCAUAAAAUAAGGGGAAUAAUAAACGUAAGGUGAAUAACCGUUGUAUUCUGCUACAAUAAAUGUUUCUAUCCUCUUGCAAUAGAA